AUGCGUACGGAACUUAUAUUUCUCGUACUUCUGGGCUUCGCUUCGUCAUUACCAUUAGCAUCAGACAACAAUGCCAGUGUAUCAUUAAUCAAAGAAAGCUUAGAAACCGCGGAGGUAGGUUCCAGAAUUGGUCUUGUUGAAAGAAUAGUCCUAGGAUUGCUGGAAGUUUUGAGAAAUCUGAUGAUAAAUGGCUCCGAAAAUUUCCCUGUUCUUGAUCCUAUAAACGUGGAAAAUAUUCAUUUAGACGAGAAGACUUUAAAUAUACCGAACUCACACAUCACUAUUGACGAUUUGACAAUAAGUGAUCUUAGCACCUUUGAGAUGGAAGAGAUCAAAUUUUCCAUGGCGUCUUUGUUGCUUCAGAGAUAUAAAUUGGACUUCAAUUUAUUCAUACCUGUUGUUAACGUCAAUACGAGUAGCUACGAUUUGUCACUUACAGUAUUUGGAGGUGAUAUUUACGGAAAAGGAGAUAUGAAACUUCAGAUCAUAAAACCAAGGGUUAAAGGUUACUUCGUGAUUGGAUUUAGGACAAGUGAGAAUGGCAUUUUCAUAGUUUUGCACGAAUGCAAGAUCAUAAUUGGGUUGGAUUCUUUUGAGCCUGUAAUUACCGGUAUGUUCAACAAUCAAGCAAGCAGCGAUUUCGUUUCUAGGUUUUUGAAAAAUUUAGUGAAAGAAAUGCUGGAAUUUUUCGAAGAGGAGAUAUCAUACAUCCUAAGUGUGCUAGUUCUUAUUGUUGGAAAUCUAGUAUUAUAUGAUUUCGACCUUGCCAGCUUACUUCCUAUAGCAUCAACACAAUUAUUAAAUUAAAAGCUAUUUCUUUAAAAAAAUACACGGGCUAAAUUGAAUUUCAAUUUUUUUACAAAUACUGUUAUAAAUAUUAUUUAUUUUACGAUUGAUUUAAGCUAUCUAUUUACA